AUGGCAGACAAAGCCGAAACGCAGCCUACACAAACCGCCAUCGAGGCGAAUUCCGUUCCCGCAAAACGCGGCUUUCCCAGCCGUCUCGGGGCUCAUUACAAGAAAUGGUGGUGGCUUCAUCUGCUGGUUCUGAUUGUGAUUGUGCUUGUGAUUACGCUUCCGGUGGUGUAUGUGGCAUACCCGCGCAUCGCUCAACACGACGUCGACGCCUCGACGUUGAACAUCACCCAGCUGGUCAUCACCGACCCGACCCCGGACUCGAUCCACGUCACCCAGACCCAGGUGCUGGGCAACAAGGCCGCGUACCACCCGACCAUCUACGCCUUCAACGCGACGAUCAGCAUGGUUGGCGCCGCCGCGCCCAUCGCCACCGCGCUCGUGCCCCAGAUCCAGGCCAACGACGGCCAGAUCAUCCACGUCGACCAGGUCCUGCAGCUGAGCGACGCCUCCGCCAUGGCGGACUUCUCCAAGGCGAUGCUGAACAACGAGGCGGUGGAGCUGAAUUUCUACGGACGCCCGGAUCUGAAGGAAGGCGGGUUGCCGAAGAAGGUUGUUACGUUUAACAAGACGGUUACGUUGAGGGGUCUCAACGGGCUGAAAGGGUUCAAUAUCACGAGCUCCAAUAUCACGUCCGUCAAGACCGACGGCACCGCCAUGAUGAGUGGCACGGUGUAUAUUCCGAAUCCGAGCGUGUUGACCGUCGCGAUGGGCAACAUCACCCUCGACCUCUCCGCCAACGGCACACACAUCGGGCAAUCCUUCCUCAACGACCUGACGCUCGUGCCAGGCGACAACACCGUCCCCAUGACCUCCAACGUCAACCUGACCCAGGCAACCCGCUUUCUGAAGGGCAACGUGCUGACAAUCGAUAUCCGGGGCAACAAGAGCGAGUACAACGGGCAGGAGAUACCGUAUUUCUCCCAGGCGUUGGCUUCGAAUCAGUUGACGACGCAGCUGAAUAUCGCGCAGUAUUUAUGUGUGCAUGCAUUGUAUGUAUGGUCUUUGUCGAUUGGGGUGAGUAUAUAUAAGCUCAUAUUAGAAGUACAUGCUAUAUUUACGAAAAAGGAAGAGUGCUGA